CAAUGGAUCACGCCAAGCUCGCUCGCCUUCAGGCUUCUGCCCGUACCGGUGGUAAGGGUACUCCCCGUCGUGUUGUUAAGAAGAAGGGUGCCUCCACCGGUGGUGAUGACAAGAAGCUCUCCGCUGCUUUGAAGAAGCUCAACGUCCAGCCCAUCACUGGCAUUGAGGAGGUCAACAUGUUCAAGGAGGACGGCAACGUUAUUCACUUCACCGCCCCCAAGGUUCACGCCGCUGUCCCAUCAAACACCUUCGCCAUCUACGGCAAGGGUGAGGACAAGGAGCUCACCGAGCUCGUCCCUGGAAUCCUUAACCAGCUCGGCCCCGACUCUUUGGCUUCCCUCCGCAAGCUCGCUGAGUCCUACCAGCAGAUGAACGCUGCCGCCGCCGCUGCCGGUGCUGGUGCUGAGGGUGAGGACGAUGUCCCCGACUUGGUUGAGAACUUCGAUGAGCAGGCCAAGGUUGAGGACGAGACCGUUGACGAGUAAGCGUUACGUUUGACGUGAAAAGAUAAAGAAGAAAGUGAUGUCAGGGAUGGUAUCAUGACCAGAAGGCAUGCUACUGGUGUGAAGAUAGGGUGUUACAAGGGCUAUGGAGUGG